CAAACUGUCCCACUCUCUCCGGAGUCUCCACUUGGGCUCGGGCCGAGGAGGCUUGUUUGCCAGAUCCCCGCGUCUCGUUGCACCUGCCUUUCACGUUACCUCUGGGGAUCUGUGGGAGGAGCCGAGUGGGUGAAAAAUGUUGCUUCGCUUUGCAAAAGGAAGAAAACUUUGCCACCCAGCUGGAGACGUCUGCCACGCGUAACCAGGAGAGAGACCAGAACCAGGACAGCCUGUGGCUUUGAUCUGGCGGCCGAUGAGCCCGUAGGAGGAAGAGGAAACGAGCUCGGCGCUCACGCCGACCGCCAUCCCUCCCGUGGGGCGGUGGGCGGUGGCCCAAGGUACCUGCUCCACCCUCCCUCCCCGCUCAAGUCCCCACGCGGUGUCUUCGCGGAAGGGCAGUAGUGACGAGCUCGCAGCCCCAGGCGGAGGACAGGGGCCGGGCUAGGAAGGAGGACCGUAUUCCAGGAACGAGUCAGCCGGAAUCAACUUCUGGUUAAAGUUAUGGGAAGCGCGGCCAUGGACACCAAGAAGAAGAAGGACAUUUCCAGCCCCGGCAAGAAAAUCCCCAGCCAGAAGAAGCGGUCGCUGCGAGUGCACAUUCCGGACCUGAGCUCCUUCGCCAUGCCCCUCCUGGAUGGAGACCUGGAGAGUUCGGAGAAGCUCUCUUCUCGUAAGGCGGACAGCCCCUUGGGCUCGGUCAGCCCCUCCAAGGGCUUCUUCUCCAGAGGCUUCCAGCACCGGCCCUCCAGCCCCGUGUCGGCUCCCGCGCGGCCCAAGACCAGCCCCAGCUCCCCCAAAACCGUGUUCCCGUUCUCCUACCAGGAGUCCCCGCCGCGCUCCCCCCGCCGCAUGAGCUUCAGCGGCAUCUUCCGCUCCUCGUCCAAAGAGUCCUCCCCCACCUCCAGCUCGUCCACCUCGCCGGGCGGCAUCAGGUUCUUCUCCCGCUCCCGAAAAACCUCCGGCCUCUCCUCCUCGCCGUCCACACCCACCCAAGUGACCAAGCAGCACUCAUUCCCGCUCGAGUCCUACAAGCAGGAGCCCGAGCGCCUGGAAAACCGCAUCUAUGCCUCGUCUUCCCCUCCGGACGCGGGCCAGAGGUUCUGCCCGUCCUCCUUCCAGAGUUCAGCCCGGCCUCCGGCGGCGUCGCCCACCCACCAGGCUCCCUCCAGAACCGCGGCGCUGGCGGCGGCCCCCCGACCCGCGGAAGCCGGCAUGCUGGAGAAAUUCGAGUUGGAAGAAGAAGCAGAAGAUUCAGAAAGUGGCGUUUACAUGCGGUUCAUGAGGUCACACAAGUGUUACGACAUCGUUCCGACCAGUUCAAAGCUCGUGGUCUUCGACACCACGUUACAGGUUAAAAAGGCCUUCUUCGCCUUAGUAGCCAAUGGCGUUCGAGCGGCGCCUCUGUGGGAGAGUAAAAAACAGAGUUUUGUAGGAAUGCUAACGAUUACAGAUUUCAUAAAUAUACUUCAUAGAUACUAUAAAUCACCCAUGGUACAGAUUUAUGAGUUAGAGGAACACAAGAUUGAAACGUGGAGGGAGCUUUAUUUACAAGAAACAUUUAAGCCUUUAGUGAACAUAUCUCCAGAUGCAAGCCUCUUCGACGCUGUAUACUCGCUGAUUAAAAAUAAAAUCCACAGAUUGCCCGUUAUUGACCCCAUCAGUGGGAAUGCACUUUAUAUCCUUACCCACAAAAGAAUCCUCAAGUUCCUCCAGCUCUUUAUGUCCGACAUGCCGAAGCCGGCCUUCAUGAAGCAGAACCUGGACGCGCUGGGCAUCGGGACCUACGACAACAUUGCCUUCAUCCACCCGGACACGCCCAUCAUUAAAGCCCUGAGUGUGUUCGUGGAGAGACGGGUGUCCGCCUUGCCCGUGGUGGACGAGUCAGGAAAAGUUGUGGAUAUUUAUUCCAAAUUUGAUGUAAUUAACCUUGCUGCUGAGAAAACGUACAACAACCUAGACAUCACGGUGACCCAGGCGCUUCAGCACCGCUCCCAGUAUUUUGAGGGCGUUGUCAAGUGCAAUAAGCUGGAAAUACUGGAGACCAUCGUGGACAGAAUAGUACGAGCAGAGGUCCAUCGGCUGGUGGUGGUAAACGAAGCCGAUAGUAUCGUGGGUAUUAUUUCCCUGUCGGAUAUUCUGCAGGCCCUGAUCCUCACCCCGCCAGGUGCCAAACAAAAGGAGCCGGACACUGAAUGACGACCGGGAUUGGAGGCGCCCUUUUGGGACUUGAAUGAAGAUUCUGGGUUGCACUUUGCCUCAUCCACACCGACCACCACAGAAGAGAGGAAAAGGGCCAAGAACGUGUAUCAGGGUUUAGCGAUGGGUAUUCUUCCCAGUGAUGUUGAAACUAAGCGUUUAAAACAAACAAAGAUUUUGUGUGUUUGAAGAGCUGGGCCUGCAUCGUCAAGGCUGUUUUUGGGCCUCUGUCUGAGAGAUUUCAAAUGCCGUACGUCUAAUUAAAGCGCGCUGUGCCCUGACGUGUUUAUUUUCUUUCCCGAGAAUCCACUGGUAUGGGGACAGGGAACGUGACAUAAGGCGAGCGUGUGGCAUGUUCAGACCUAGUGCCUUAUGUCAGGACAGCGACACGUCCCCACUCCUGCUGGGGACAGCGUGUGCGUGUGCGAAAUGACACGGCUGGCGUGUGAGUCUUCGAACCUUCACCAGAUCAGUUUCUUUUUCCUUAGAUUUGUCAAGCACUUGUACUCUGAGCAUAAAUGACUUUAUAAAGUUUUAAGGACAGUUUUCUGUUCGAGUGUCUGGACUGCCGCGUAAGCGAGAGCGCUUUAUUUAUUUUUCCCUUCCCUGCGAUUCUUGUGCACGUCUUUUGGGGGGCGAGCAUCACCAUGCCCGUGGAUAAACCAUCGGGGGUUCUUUGGAAAUGGCAAGCUGCUCAUUAUUUAAGCCCGGGUGUGGCCAAGCCCCGUGGCUUCUCAAACAGCCGCUGGGUUUGCCGCACUGGAGUUGGAAGAGCGUGUGUGCAAACCCGCUCCGCUGGCCUGGCAGCAGGCGGCGGGUCCGAGGACACCGAGUGCCGGGAAGACGCGUGCUUCUUGUGUGUUGGAAUGUAAAGCCGUGCUGUCUGGGUGACCGCCGACGCGAUUGCUUCUGUGAAUCCAACUGUGGCAGGUACGGCGUAGUCCUGCGAGCGAAGAGAAACGCAGCGUUGCCGGGUGUAACUGCUCCGAACGUGUUCGCACUGUACAUACGAGUAUAGUUUUGUUUUCUGUUUUGUUUUGGGGUUUGUUUUUUGGGUUUUUUUUUUCAGAUUGAAAAAUUAAAAUAAAUCUUACUAUCUA